AUGGAGCGACAGCUUCGCGAACUCCUUGAGCAAGGAGGUUUGUCGCACACAAUUCAGGGGUUUGUCGAUGGUGGUGUUCUUACCCUUCAGCAGCUUAAACAGCUCACCAUGCAAGACUAUCAAUCUGUUGGUGUCAUUGUCAUGACUGACCGCCGAAAACUAUUUGAGCUGAUUCAAUAUAUGAAGAGAGAGCAGGCGAACCCCCCCUCCGUAUUGAACACCUCGGACGCGCCACGUGUACCCGAGCACACACCUCAGGCCGUAACUGGUGCGCGAAACACAACGCCGAAUUGCCGUAAUGCGACACCCUCCAGCGCGCAACGCAAGGCGGAAAAUGAGAACGCUCGCAUGAAUGAAAGCAGGCAACUGUCAGGGGCGGGAGGGCGACGCGAUCCACUUCAUGUGAUUGACGAUAUGGAACUCUCAGCCAUGAAAAUGACCCCAAACUCACGGCCACUCAGCCGUGUAGCACGCGCCUCCCCAACAGCCGCCACCCGUAAGCCUGGGGAGAGUGGAACUACUAAAAGAAAGGCAAGUCGCAUCACAGUGGUGGUCCGCAAACGUCCGCUUAGCACGUCUGAGAUCAAUGAUGGCUUAUACGAUAUCCUUGCCACGGACCCUGACAACCUGCAGGCAAUUGCCCUACUUGAGCCCAAACAGAAAGUUGACCUCACGAAAUAUAUUGAAAAACAUCGUUUCACCUAUGAUUUGGUUCUUGACGACAAGUACAGCAACCGCGAUGUGUACGAGAAGGCAUGCAAACCCCUUAUUGAAACAGUGUUUGAGGGUGGGUGUGCCACUUGCUUUGCGUAUGGACAAACGGGAAGUGGCAAGACAUAUACAAUGCUCGGGAAGGGGGACCAGGAAGGUAUAUAUCUGAUGGCUGCACGUGAUCUGUAUGCUCGACUGGAAAGUGGGAUGAGUAUCAUGGUUUCAUUCUUCGAGAUAUAUGGAGGAAAGUUGUUUGACCUGCUGAAUGAGCGUGAGAAGCUUGCAUGCCGUGAAGAUAGUCGCGGUGUUAUCAAUGUUUGUGGCCUUACGGAACAUCGUGUGGAGGAUACGGGGCAUCUCAUGCGUGUAAUCGACUACGGAAAUUCCAUUCGAGCGGCCGGCUCGACGGGCAUGAAUGCGGAUUCCUCCAGGUCGCACGCUAUCCUUCACAUAACGGUUUUGAAUUCAAAGAACCGGUUCUUCGGUAGGUUCACCUUCAUCGACCUCGCUGGAAGCGAGCGGGGUGCAGAUACACUUGAUAGCGACAGAACCACGCGCCUCGAAGGUGCAGAAAUCAAUAAGUCACUUUUGGCACUGAAGGAAUGUAUUCGUGCGCUGGACCAGAAUCAUCGGCACAUUCCUUUCCGUGGUUCAAAGCUUACAGCCGUGCUGAGGGACUGCUUCACGGGGAACAGUCGCACUGUGAUGAUAGGCAAUGUUAGUCCUGCAAGCGGAAGCUGUGAACACACCCUUAACACACUACGCUACGCUGAUCGUGUGAAGGAACUAAAGAAAGACAAGUCGUCCCGCAUCGCCGCCGAGGAAAUCAUGAUUGGCCAGAUGCCAAGUGAAGAGAUUGAAACACUUGGAUUGAGCAGUAACUUUGCCCAAAGACGUGCCCGAGAAAAGAAGGCCGGCACCCGGUCCUCCAGUCAUCUUUCACAACGGGAACCAGGCACGCCUAACGCAAAGUCUCACAGCAGCUACGGCAGCGGCUAUCGGCUCAAAGGGCAACAUUCUCGCGUGUCAAUGAGCUGCAAAGAGGAAGACUACCCGAACUUCUCCGACAGCAUUCGCUCCGGGAAAGUUCCAAGUAGUGGAGGGACGAAGAGCUUCAACAGGGUGACACCAAAACACAGUCGUGUUGGCAGCGAAAUAUCGAUCCGCGACGCUAGCCCGUAUGAGAUGACUUCUUUUGCGAGCGGUGAUUCCUUAGACGAAGAAGAGGAUAAUACCAUUCUGGGCCAUCGCCGUCAUAUUGACGCAAUGAUGGAGUUAUUGAAGCAAGAAAUGACGGAAUUGAAUGGAGUAGAGAUGCCUGGAGCCUCCAUUGAGGUGUACUGCAAAAAUGUUGAGAGCAUUCUCAACCGUCAGGCGAAGAGUAUUAGCAGUGUUAGAAAUAUGAUAAGGCAGUUGCUAAACCGCCUGGAGUCUCGGCAACGCCGGUAA